ACUCAAUAAAAUAAAACCAAACCUUUCUUCUUCUUGUUGUUUUCCCCCAUUCCCGCUCAACCUUUUUUCCCUCAACUUUUCAGGGUUUUCCACAUGGAUCAUCAUCGUCUUCGUUCUGCUGGAGACAAGAAGGUGUUCUCUGGGUUCACAACAGCUGAGAUGGAGAAAAUGGAUAGAAUGCUAAAGGAAUCAGGAAAAGUUCCAAAUUUAGAGGUCAUUAAGAGGUUGACAACUAGAUUCAACGGUUCUGCAGGUCGUGCUGGAAAACCACUUUUAAAGUGGACCGAGGUUCGAAAUUGGUUCCUUUAUAAACACGGUAUUAUGUCAAACGAUACAUCGCAUACUGUCCCCAACAAUUCUCCACCUGUGCAAGAAGCUUGUGUUAUGAAUGAGACUUCUGAUAUAUCUAAAGGAGAAAAAUUUAUAGAUCUGUCAAAGCUGGAAUUUGAAGCAAAAUCAUCAGAUGGUGCAUGGUACGAUGUGGAGAUUUUCAUUACAUACCGAUUUAUUAGUUCAAGUGGAUAUGAAGUUCUUGUGAGAUAUGAUGGUUUUGGGCCAGAAGAGGACGAAUGGGUGCACGUUAAAAAUGUACGGGAACGAUCGGUCCCACUUGAGCACUCGGAAUGCGAUAAAAUCACGGUUGGAGAUACUGUACUUUGUUUCCAAGAGAAAACAGAUAUGGCAAGACAUUAUGAUGCUCAAAUUUUGGAUAUUCAAAGAAAGUUGCAUGAUAUUAGGGGUUGCAGAUGCAUUUUCUUGAUUCGGUACGAGCAUGACAACUCUGAGGAAAGCGUUCGGUUGAAGAGACUCUGUUGCCGGCCAGAAUAUUAGAAGCCGAUUUCCAAUUUCUAAACAUAUAUUUUGUCGAAAUAUGAGUUUUGGUUUAUGGAGCAUCUAGCAACAUUGUUGAUAUGAUUUUAAGUUUGUUGCUAGUCUAUUGAUGGAAUUUUGUGUUGA